CGUACAGGUGGCAGCUUGUCAUUUCGCCGCUCUUCGUGUCUAAAAACAAACAACUCAAGCGCACAGCGACAGCAACAAGCGCUAGCAAAAUGCCGUCGAUCGCCGGGAAAUAUCAGCAUUACAAAAAUGAAGAUAUUGAGGAAUAUUUCACAGCAGUCGGUGUACCAUAUAUGGGACGAAAAAUGAUGUCUAUGUCAUCUCCUGUUAUGGAAAUAACCUUAGAAGGAGAAACAAUGACAAUUAAAAAUUCUUCCUUAUUGAGAACAACUGAAUAUAAAUUUAAAUUUGGUGAAGAAUAUGUUGAGAACAUGCCGAAUACUUCAAUUAAGAGCGUAACCAUUCUUGUCAACGAUCAUGAAGUUCAGACGAAUUCAGUGAUUCCUGAAAACGGUGCGAAAUGUGGACGCCACUACCUCUUCACUGACGAUGAAUGCAUUAUUACACUGACACAUGACAACGCUAAGCCUGGGAAGAGGUACUUCAAAAGAAUUAACUAAUUCAUACGGGAAAAAAUGAAGCAUACUAUUAUUUUGCAUACGCACUGACUUUUGAAGAUAUUUUAUUGACACUGACUCAUAGAUAUAGGUAUUAUAGCUAUUUUUAAGCACAAAUUUUAAAUAGUUUUCUCCCUUAUUGCAAAAAUAAACUUAAAAAAUUAUAAUGAUUCCUAAGCAUUCUAGAAGUAAGCUUUAGUUUAUACUAAGGUUGUUCUGCCAUGUGCAAUCAAUUGAGGAUGGUAAUAAAAAAAUCCUAUUCAUGUUUGAAAUGAUACGAAAUGGAAUUAACUAUUGUAUUAUGGGAGUAACGCUUGUCUGUGUAUAAGUUGUAAAUUUCCAGUCUAGAUCAAGCUAAUCUGACUAGAUUAGCUUGACCAACUAUAUGACUUAAAUUCCACACGAGUUAAGUGCACUUCACAAGUUUGUACAAGUGUUGGCAAAUAAUUUAAUUGUUAUUUAGUGUGUAUUUAAUCACAAUAUCACACGAAUCAUAUAACUUAUCUACAAUAAUCGACAAUCCCUGUAUAUUUUCAUAUUUAAAAAAAUAUGUAUUUUAUAUUUCCUAAAUUAAUUUAAUGAUAUUUUAUUGUUAGAUACUAUUUUUUAUAUUUUUACUGUUU